GGGGCGGAGGCUGUGCCCACGCGGUCAUGGCGGCGGCUCCGCGCUGGCGGGAGCGGCUCUUCGCCCUGUAUUUCCUUUCGCACAUCCCCAUCACGCUGCUGAUCGACCUGCAGCCGCUGCUGCCCGCGGGCCUCCAGCCGCCGGCCCUGACAGAGUUGUUGCAGUGGUAUGCAGCCAGCUUCAGAGACCCCCUGAUGCUCCAGCCCCCGGAGUGGUUCAAGACGUUUGUCUAUUGCGAAGCCUUCCUGCAGCUGCCGUUCUUCCCCGUGGCAUUCUACGCCUUCUUGAAAGGUGGCUGCAAAUGGAUAAGGACUCCUGCGAUUAUCUACUCCACACACGUGGCUACCACUCUGCUGCCCAUCCUCGCACACAUCCUGUGCCACGACUUCUCCAAGGCUGAGCUCGGGGGUCCCCGGACGCAGCGCGAGCGCCUGCUCCUGCUGUCGGUCUAUCUGCCCUACUUGCUGAUCCCACUGCUCCUGCUCUUCACCAUGCUCUGCAACCCCCACUACAGCCACACUGAGAAAAGGAAAAGGAAGUAGUGCUGUCUCCCUGCUGCACACACGACACUCGCUGGCUUGGACUCAGACCCUGUGCUGACGUGUUCCUCUGGGAUGAGCGUCAGAGCAGCCGCCUCCCGCAGAGAACACACUGGAGGUCACCACUCUCCUUCCCUCAGGAGGGGCUCUGGCAGCCUGGGGGCUCCCAGCAUCGCUCCCCUCCCACAGGGUUUGUGCCCUACAUCAGCCACAGGACCAGGGGCUUUAACCAUUCCAGGUGUCACGGUGUGGUGAGGGGGGGAAGUACGGCUGGUGCUUUCUAGUUCCUUUUUUCCAAGAUGUGUGUUAGAAAACCACUGUCUUCCAAGAGCCUAUUCUGCAAAGUCCAAACCUGCUCACACCCUUUGCAAAGCUGUGCUUCAGAUGGGCAUUCCCCAUCUGCUGGUGCUUCCCAGCUCCCUCACCCCUUCCGUCAGACCUGCACCGUCCUUUGCUUCAGUUCAGUUGUCAACGUCUGGUCAGUGACAGGUGUGCCAAAACAUGAACGUGUCAGUGCUUAAAGGGACCUUUGUCUGGCAGCAAGGCAGGGGUCCUGGAGGAGUUCCUGCUUCUUUGUGUGUCUGCAGUUGAUCCCUUUUGUUAAUCACAAAGUCCUGGGGGGUUUUCCUAACUCUAUAGAAAUAAUGAAUCCUCUCAAUACAGAUAACUGCUACUGCU